CUGUCCCAGAGAUAGUUGACUCAUUUUACUGUGAGCUCUGGUUCUGUGGUCAAGGCUCGAGGUCAACAUCACCAACCUUCCAGCAUGGAGAUGUCCAAUCCAACUGUCCUGCCAAUGGUUGGCUUGGGCUCUAUGGCCCACUCAUCUGGACUUGUGGAGAUUGCGGUGAGGCUCUGCUUGAACCAGCGGGAGCAGUUGUGUCCUCAUGUGUGGGUUCCCAUCCUGAAGCCUCAGAAGCCAUGCAUCCGCCCCCCAGCAACAGAUCAGCUUCCCGUAAGCAUGACGGGCCAUCUGAGCUACCCCUUCCUGCAUUUCUUGAGUGACCUGGAUGAUGAUGACAAUGACGAUGUUUUGAUCCCGGUCAAGAACAGGCGUGUAAUCUUUGCAGACUCCCUGGGUUUCUCUCUGACGGCCGUGCGUGAGUUUUCCCAUGAAGAGGAUCACCAUGACCUCGGCCCACUGCCCUCUCUGCAGGGUUUAGGGAGCAUGACAGGGGACGGAUACAGCUGCACGGUCAGCACCUGCUGCCCGGGGACACGGCUCAAGCUGGGCUUCCCACAGCCCUCACUGGAUUUCCAGGCCUUCAAAGCCAAAUUGGCCCAGAGCAUGGUCACCCUGGAGAACUGUACUGUCAGCGAACAGGCUCUGCAAGGCAGUGCACGUGUCCGAAACCUCAGCUUCCAGAAGGAUGUGCGAGUACGCAUCACAUUUGACUCCUGGCAAAGCUACAGGGACGUCCCCUGCACAUACCUGCAGGAGCGCUUUGGAGGACCCCAGACAGACAUAUUUGAAUUCGACAUAGCCAUUCCCAAAGUGCUGGAUGCUAAGAGAAAGAUAGAGUUUUGCUUAAUGUUUUUACCUGCAGGGCACAGUGAGCCAUUUUGGGACAAUAAUAAUGGAGAGAAUUACAGCAUCUUAGUUUGUGUGAACUCACAUCUGUGCCACGGAAAGAGCGAAAUGACAUAAGUAACUCUGAUUAUAUAUGGUAACUAUUAAUCUCCUUUUUAAAACUAACUGUUUGGCUUAUUAAGUUGUUCUUUUUUUUUUUUUGGAACAGGGAACGGUUUGUUUGAAUAAAUCUCCU